AUGGCACCCAAGAUCUCCACAGCACAGCGUCGUCUGUUGAAGGAAUUCCAGGAGCUUCUGAAAUCCCCGACCGAUGGCAUUGUUGCAGGCCCUAUCACGGAAGAUAACCUCUUCAAAUGGCGCUGUAUUUUGGAGGGUCCCCCCGGUACAGUUUAUGAGAACGGUGUGUUUGAAGCAGAGAUGGAUUUCCCGGCAGACUAUCCACUUUCUCCGCCCAAGAUGAAGUUUACGUCCGAGAUCCUCCAUCCAAACAUCUACAAAGACGGAACCGUGUGCAUCAGCAUCUUGCAUCCGCCAGGAGACGACCCUCUGCAGUACGAGUCUGCGGACGAGAGAUGGGGCCCUUUGCAAAGCGUGGAGAAGAUUCUACUAAGUGUGUGCUCGAUGCUGGCCGAGCCGAACCCGAACUCGCCCGCCAACAUCGAUGCUGCAAAGCUUUGGCGCGAGAACCGCGACAAGUUCGACGAGAUUGUUCGGGCCCAGGUGCUUAAGUCUUUGGACUAA